AUGGGAGUGUCGGGGAGAGCUCGCGAGGCGGAAGAAGACGAUGCCGAGUCGAGACAUCCCCUAGUGAGAGAAACCUGCCGUCUGAUCGGGCUCCGGCACCAAUGGAACCUUAGCCUCGAGAGGGAGCUACGGCGCCUGCUGCGGAGCCUCAAGCCGGCUCAAAUCUGCGCCAUCCUCCGUUCCCUGCCGGACGAGCGCCUCGCCGUCGACUUCUUCUUCUGGGCACACCGGCAGUGGCGCUACCGCCACAGCCCAGAGGCUUACCACGCCAUGAUCGAGCUCCUCGGUAAGACCAGGCUGUGCAAGGCCGCUCGGCGCGUGCUGCGGUUGAUGAUCAGGCAUGGGGUUGAACGCCGCACCGAGGACUUCGCCCACGCCAUGGUGUCGUACAGCCGAGCGGGCAAGCUCAGGAGCGCCAUGAGGGUGCUCAACUUGAUGCAGAAGGAGGGGCGCGACCCUGAUCUGAUAAUCUGCAACGCGACCGUCCACGUCCUGGUGGUGGCUAACCGGCUGGAGAAGGCCGAGAGAUUCGUGGAUAGGAUGGAGAGGAUUGGGAUCAGUCCCGACGCCACGACCUUCAACUGUUUGAUAAAAGGCCUCUGCGAGCUCCACCGUCUGGACGACGCCCUAGAGACGAUUCGCCAGAUGCCCUUCAAGGGCUCUCCGCCGGACAGGAUCAGCUACUCUACGGUGCUGAAUUUCCUCUGCAAGGAGAAGAGAUUGGCGGAGAUUCGACGGCUGCUGGAGGAGAUGGACCGCGACGCCAAUCUGCCCCCCGACCAGGUCACCUUCAACAUGCUGAUCCACGGGCUCUCCAAGCACGGUCAUGGGGAAGAAGCGCUCUUGCUCCUCCGAGAAUCUGAGGAGAAGGGCUUCCGGAUCGAUAAGGUUGGGUACAGCUCAGUGGUCCACUCCUUCUGCAAAGAGGGGAGGAUGGAGGAGGCCAGAGAGGUCGUGAGGGAGAUGUUCUCCAAGGGCUGCAUCCCGGAUGUGGUCACCUACAGCGCCGUCAUCAAUGGGUAUUGCCGGAUCGGAAAGAUCGACCAAGCCAGGAGGAUGCUCCGGCAAAUGCACCGGCAAGGUUGCCGGCCCAACGUCGUCACCUACACGAGCUUCUUGACGGGUCUAUGCAGAGUCGGCAGCUCCAUGGAGGCCCGAGAAAUGCUGCACAGGAGCGAGCAGGACUGGUGGACGCCGACGGGGGUCACAUACAGUGCCGUCCUGCACGGGCUGCGGAGAGAAAGGAAGCUGCCCGAGGCCUGCGAGUUAACCAUGGAGAUGAUUGGGAAGGGUUUUUGCCCCACUCCCGCCGAGAUCAACUCCCUGAUCCAGUCUCUCUGCAGCGCAGGGAAGGCCGGCGGCGCCAAGGCAUUCAUGGAGGCCUGCCAGAGCAAAGGCUGCCCGAUCAACGUGGUGAACUUCACGACUUUGAUUCACGGCUUCUGCCGGGAGGCCGACCUGCCGGCGGCGCUGUCCCUCCUGGACGACAUGUAUCUGAGUGGCAGGCAUCCCGACGUGGUGACCUACACGGUGAUCAUCGACGCGCUGGCGAGGGCCGAUCGGACUGAAGAAGCGGCGGAGUUGGCCAAGACGAUGCUCCAGAGAGGCUUAUCCCCCUCCCCCGUCACCUACCGGACGGUGAUCCACAGAUUCUGCGAGAAGGGGCGGGUGGAAGAGCUACUUCGACUGCUGGAGAGGAUGCUGGCCCGGCAGGGGUUCAGGACGGCCUACAACAUGGUCAUCGAGAAGCUCUGUGCCUUCGGGAAUCUGGAGGAAGCUUAUAAAGUGCUGGGUAGGGUUUUGAGGACCGCCUCCAAGGUUGAUGCCGACACCUGCCAUCUCCUGAUCGAGAGCUAUCUGAGCAGAGGCCUGGCCUUGCAGGCGUACAAGGUCGCCGGCAGGAUGUUUCAGAGGAACCUGGUCCCCGACGUCGAGCUCUGCCGGAGGGUGGGAGAAAAGCUGGUAUUGGAGGGCUUCCCUAGUGAGGCCAGGUGGCUUACUCUGCGUCUUGUGGAGAGGGGCCUCCUGCCGCCAUUGGAGCAGCAGUAG